AUAGCUUGAACAAGCAGCCCGAGCACAAACCCAUUGCAACAACCACUACCACGACCACUAUCACUACAGUAACACUUACCAUCCGAAAUCACCUCUUAACAACCUCUCCCUUUUCCAUUUCAAAAUCACAUAACUUCUAUUUACCCCGCCUUACCUAUUGCCAAUAUGGCAUCUCUCAAUACUUCCACGAAUGGCCCUUCAAUUAAAUCCUCAUAUACUGGAGUGGUCAAUUCUGCUGCACCUUCCGGAGCUGCGGCGUCCAGCCCAACCUAUGGACAGUGGGCUUUGUUCUCGGUAUCAGCUCCUCUUGUAAAUGCUUUUCAACAAGAUAGUGGCGGGAAAGAGAGUGUGCUUAAGGUGCAGAGCACUGGAGGUAUGUUCGCUUUAUUCUUGAUAGCUUCAAGUCAAUCAUCUAACGUUGCGGACCGCAGAGGGAGAGCUUAUCGACUUAAUCGAGGAUUUUUCUGAAGGACGAGUUCAAUUCGCAUUUGUCAAAGUCAAAGAUCCGAAUACCACACUUCCGAAAUAUGUCCUUAUUGGAUGGGUUAGUCGCACAAUUCAAGAGAGCGUCGAGAGAAUAGGAGGUACUAACACAACCUAUAGUGCGGUGAAGGUGUUCCCGAGCGAACAAAAGGCUAUUUCACAAGCCACCUUGCAGCAGUAUCUAAGAUUCUUCACGUUGGUACUCAUCUGAUUAUCCUAUCUUCAUCAUACUCAUACAUCAUGCUAGGGUUAUCAUGUUCAAAUAACUGCUCGAUCAGAAUCCGACUUGGCACCAGAAAGUAUUGUGCAGAAAGUAGCAGAUGCAUCGGGCGCGAAAUAUUCGGCAGCCUCGGCACCGCCGCCUUCCUCCGGUCCUCCUCCUCCAAAGGCUAAACCAGUCUUCACUCCUACACGGCCGGGCGGCGUGUCUGGGUUUAAUCCAUUAGCAGGCUCAAGGUCGAGGACAAGUCAGAAUGACAACGUAGAUGGGGAUGGAUGGGGCGCAGAUGCGCCACAAGUCACCCGAACACAACUUGAAAAGGUCCAGCCCGCAUACAAACCCACAAAAGUUAACAUGGCAGAGCUUACCAAACAGCCAACCGCCUCGCGAUCUAAUGAUGGCGGUGGGGCGGACAGUGGAGCUGCCUCAGACGUUGUCAAAGGAGGCUAUCAACCAAUCGGCAAAGUAGACAUUGCAGCAUUACGCGCUCAGGCUAAGAGCAGCGGUGAUGAUAGGCCGACGAUAGUUAAGGGAGCAUACGAACCAGUCGGUAAAGUGGAUAUCGCUGCGAUUAGGGCCAAAGCACAAAAGCCUGCCGAUGAGAGUCCAAGGGAAGUUUCGCAUGCCGCUACUGGUUCUGCGCCAAACAGCGACGAACCACCCAAAUCCCUCGCAGACAGGUCUACGGCUUUCACUCAAUCAGAGCGCCUCACGACCCUUCCAAAACCAAAGGUUGCAAAUAGGUUUGGCUCCACCGCGAACAGCUUCGCCGGAACGAAAGCGCCAACUCCAGGAAGUUUUGGGAUACAAUCCCCAGCAGCUCCAGCAGCGUCUGCUCCGGUAGGUGCAGCAAGUAGAACAUUCGCUGAUGAAGGAGGCAAGACUCCUGCCCAAAUUUGGGCAGAGAAAAAAGCUAGAGAAAGGGGCCUUAGCGGUGCUGGAGACGCACCUCCCCAGAAUGUAGCAGCACCUAUUGCAAGCCAACCAAGCGGAGGAGGACAAUGGAAAAGUGGUUACACUGGUAAAUCUUGGGCUCCUGUGACCACCAACCCUACCGGACAAUCCGCUACGGGCAGUAUAGAUCAACAGAGAACCGGUGAAGCAGAACCUGAGCAAGAAGCCCCAGCUUCUCCAGCUGGAGGCAUCAAUGCUAUCAGGGAUCGAUUUAAGGGAGGACAGGCACCCAUGGGUGCACCCGCGAUGCCACGAUCAAUUACCGGAGAUCAAAAUCAAUCUACACCACCUCCACCUAUCAACGCCUCCAGUAGACCCGGUGCAAUCCCAAUGCCUGGCCUUCCAGCACGCCCCCCGCCUGUCGAUGAUGAGGAGGAACAGACCAGACCAAAUAUUCCAGCACCUCCUCCCGUUCCCCGCACUCCAACACCAGAACCAGAAGAGGAACCAGAACGCGAGUCGUCGCCCGUUCGUAUUGCUAUGCCAGUAGCACGUGGAAGAGCACCUGAAGAAAUGGAAGCGCUAGAGGAACUUCACAAUCACCCAACGCUAGAGCAAGCCAUUGAACACGUCCCCCAUGAGGAAGACCUUACCGAGGAACCCGUUGGACAUGACCCAGCGCGUGGUGCAGCAGCAGCCGUAGCCGCUGAAACAUUCGGGCACAGUGCGCCUAUGGUUAACGAAGUUUCCGCUGCUAGCGGUAAACGCGCAUUGAUUCAAUACGACUAUGAGAAGGCAGAAGACAAUGAGCUGGAAUUAAUCGAAGGUGAAUACGUCACUAACAUUGAAAUGGUCGAUGACGAUUGGUGGAUGGGCACCAACUCCAAAGGCGAAAGUGGUCUCUUCCCAAGUAACUAUGUAGAGCUGGUAGAAGGCGAAGAAGAGUCAGCUCCAGCACCAGUUCCAACUCACCACGCUGAGCCGGAACCACCAGCUCAUGUCCCAGCUCCUGCAGCUCUGGCUGCUGCACCUGUUCAUGCUGCUGGCCCUACCGCUACUACACAAUAUGAUUAUGAAGCAGCCGAGGAUAAUGAAUUGAGUUUCCCUGAAGGCGCUACAAUUACUGAUUUGGUAAGUUUUUAUCCUCCUUUGGUCUUCAGCCCUUUUCCUUCCUUCUUGUUUCAAAUCAAAGACAAACACUAACCCCAUACAGGAAUUCCCAGAUGAUGAUUGGUGGUUCGGUCACUACAACGGACAUUCUGGUCUCUUCCCAGCAAACUAUGUAGAGCUUGAUCAAUAGAUACCUACCUAAGUUAUGCAUACCAGCUAAGCGAAGCAAAGCAAAGCAGUCCGGAGCAAUCAAUCCGAGCGACUGAUGUCCGAGGGGUUUUAGUUAAGAUGUAGUUCAAAUUAGUUUUGGACUUCAAAAAAAAAUUCAGGAGAUUUGUAGAUGAGUUGUGGCAGGCGGGCAGGCAGGCAUGGGUGGAUGGAUGGAUUGAUGGAUGUUUUUGUAAGUAGUAACUGCAAGAGCAGUAGUUAAGAAAAAAGCGGUGGUCUUGGUUUCUAUAAAAGAUAAAAGAGGAUUGAAAUUUCGUUCAUCGAUAUUGCUAGCAUG